AUGUUUGCAGAACCAGUUCCAGCCGCCCGGGAGCAAGAGCAGCUUGGAGCAGUCAAAACGGAGGAGGAAGAGGAGGCUGCUGGCCAGGAAGAUCCCAGGCGGUCAGGGACCAGGCCACGGCCCGAGGUGGCCCACCAGCUCUUCAGAUGCUUCCAGUAUCAGGAGGACAUGGGGCCGCGGGCGUCCCUGAGCCGGCUCCGGGAGCUCUGCAGCCACUGGCUGCGGCCAGCUCUGCACACCAAGCAGCAGAUCCUGGAGCUGCUGGUGCUGGAGCAGUUCCUGAGUGUGCUGCCCCCGCAUCUCCUGGGUCGCCUGCAGGGCCAGCCGCUGCGGGAUGGCGAGGAGGUGGUGCUGCUGCUGGAGGGCGGUCACAGGGACUCCAGCCAUGCAGGGCCAUUGGAUUUUAGUUUUAAUACUGGCAAGAAUUGUCCCCGUGCAGACAAGACCUUGGAGGAACAGGGGGGCCCUUCCCAGGUCUCCAGCCACAGCCCCAAAAAAGAAGUGCCCUCAGAAGAGCCUCCAGCCCUGGGUCCAUCAAAUGAACUGCCCCCAUCGCAGCCAGAGCCCACCAAGCCCACUGAUCUGGGAGAGGAGAGGCUGGCCCCAAGUUCAAAGCAGAUGCUGAGCCCCCAGAGGACAUUCCAGGCCCUGAGAGAAAGCACUCCCCAGGAACCCUCGCUGUGGCCAGAGGAGAAUUACCGAGAUCAGGAGCUGGCAGCUGUGCUGGAGUCCCUGACCUUCGAGGAUGUGCCAGCGAGGAAGGCAUGGCCCAUGCACCCUCUGGGAUCUGAAAGCAGAAUCCCAGACAAGGAGGAAUUAAAACAAGAAGAGCCCAAAGUGGCUGCCUGGCCCGCCGCCGUCUCAGCAGAGUCGCGGGCAGAUAGUCCUGGGGUGGUGGGAGAGCCUCUUGCCCAGGUCCUUGGGCAGGGCCCUGGGGCGAGCGGCAGUGGUGGCGGAGGGUCUUCCCCUAGCAGAAGUGAAAUUUUGGAGCUCUCGCGCCUGAAGGCGCACCUGGCAGUCUCCCACCCAGGAGCGCGCUCCUUCCGGUGCUCGUGCUGCGGCAAGAGCUUCGGCCGCAGCUCCAUCCUCAAACUGCACAUGCGCACACACACAGAUGAGCGGCCGCACGCCUGCCACCUUUGUGGCCACCGCUUCCGCCAGAGCUCGCACCUGAGCAAGCACCUGCUGACCCACUCCUCGGAGCCUGCCUUCCUGUGCGCUGAGUGCGGCCGGGGCUUCCAGCGCCGCGCCAGCCUCGUGCAGCACCUGCUGGCACACGCCCAAGACCAGAAGCCCGUGUGCACCCCGGGGAGCGAGACAGAGGUGCCGCAGCUGUCCGUCGUGUUGUGCUCCCACUGCGGCCAGACCUUCCAGUGCCGCUCCAGCCUCAAGCGCCACCUGAGGAUCCACUCCAGGGACAAGGACCGCCAAUGCUCCAAAGGCUCGGGCAGUCUGCGCUCAGACCCUGAGCGCAGACCAUACGUGUGCGGCGACUGUGGCAAGGUCUUCCGGCGCAACGAGCACCUGGUGGCCCACCGGCGCGUGCACACGGGCGAGCGGCCCUUCUCGUGCCAGGUUUGCGGCCGCAGCUUCACCCAGAGCUCCCAGCUGGUCAGCCACCAACGGGUGCACACGGGCGAAAAGCCCUACGUCUGUCCGCAGUGUGGGAAGCGCUUCGUGCGACGAGCCGGCCUGGCCCGCCACCUGCUGACCCAUGGUGGCCCACGGCCUCACCACUGCGGCCAGUGUGGCAAGAGCUUCAGCCAGAUGCAGGACCUGGCCCGCCACCGGCGCAGCCACACGGGUGAGAAGCCCUGCCGCUGCAGUGAGUGCGGGGAGGGUUUCAGCCAGAGUGCCCACCUGGCGCGCCACCAGCGCAUCCACACCGGGGAGAAGCCCCAUGUCUGCGACACCUGCGGCCACCGCUUUCGCAACAGCUCCAACCUGGCCCGUCACCGCCGCAGCCACACGGGUGAACGUCCCUACAGCUGCCCGACGUGCAGCCGCAGCUUCCGGCGCAACGCCCACCUGCAGCGGCACAUGGCCACUCACGGGGGGUCGAGCCAGGAGGAGGCCGAGGUCCCUCAGGAGUGCGUGGAGUGCGGCAAGAGCUUCAGCCGCAGCUGCAACCUGCUACGCCACCUGCUGGUGCACACCGGCGCCAGGCCCUACUCUUGCUCGCAGUGUGGCCGCAGCUUCAGCCGCAACUCCCACCUGCUGCGCCACCUGCGAACUCACGCCCGGGAGACUCUGUACUAGCGUGGCCCACAUCCUGACGGCCUCGCCCUGCGCGCACCUCCCUGCGGUCCUGAGGCCUGCAGGGCUCUCUCUUACUGCCACACCGAACCUC